AUGUGGGCGCGCGCCGUUGUUCCGAUGCACUGGUAAAGGCAGCAGGGGAACGGUCGAGGACGCUGCACUGUACUGGCACCUACCUGAGAGCGACCUCCCUCUUCCCUUCCAAGCUUUGCCUGGCCUGGCCUCUGCCUUCUCACACCGGUUGGCCUGUUUUAUACCUCCUCUCCCUCUCCUUCCUCCCCAGCCACCAUCAUAUCUCCGCUCCUCGUCAAGAUCAUUUCGGUUGGCGACGAGAGGCCGACGGAGACGUCCUCGACGGGGUUACCUAGGCAGCUGGUCCGGCAUGGCGAAGCGGUCGUGCUGCCACAAGAAGAAGCUGAGGAGAGGGCUCUGGUCGCCCGAGGAGGACGAGAAGCUCAUGAGCCACAUUGCCAAGUACGGCCACGGCUGCUGGAGCUCUGUCCCGAAGCUCUCAGGCCUUGAGAGGUGUGGCAAGAGCUGCAGGCUGAGGUGGAUAAACUACCUGAGGCCAGACCUCAAGAGGGGAACAUUCUCGCAGGAGGAGGAGGACCUCAUCAUACACCUCCAUUCCAUGCUGGGAAACAAGUGGUCUCAGAUUGCGGCGCAGCUUCCUGGGAGGACGGACAACGAGGUCAAGAACUUCUGGAACUCGUACAUCAAGAAGAGGCUCAGGGAGCGCGGCAUCGACCCCGCCACCCACCAGCCGCUCCCGGAACCCGCCGCCGCGGCCACCACCAGCUCCUGCCGCGUGGUGUUCGGCGACGCCGACCUCAUCCCCACGACGACGCCACUCCAAGCGCCGCUCGCGGAGCCAAUGCUGGACGGCGUAAAGCUACCGCUGGACUUGCCCAUCGCCGGCAACGCCGUGCCGUCGUCGCUGUCAAGGUCAGGCUACCUCCAGGCGGGCUGCUUCAACUUGGACGUGCUGCAGCAGCACUGCGGCUCCAUGCCGGCGCCGGUCGUCCCGUCGGCGUCCAGUUCCAGCACGCUGACCUCGAUGCCAGAUGCCGAGCAGUGCACCGCCAACAUUGCCGGCGCCGGUUACCUGCCGUGGCUGGAGCUCGGGCAAAACACCCUAGGCGAGGCCAGCCACGUCGACAGCUACGCCGGCGCGCUGGACGAGCUCAGGUGGUCGGAGUACUUCGACGGCGCCUUCCAGGACGCCGCGUGCCAGCAGGGUGCCCUGCAGGGGCAAUGCGUCUACGGCGGUGGCGGCAAGGAUGACGUCGUCGCGGUGCAAUUCGACGUCCAUGGUCUAAGCAACUGGCGUUAAUCCAUCAAUCACUCAAGAACCAGCGAAAGCAGCAACUGUUAAUCUCUGCAAAUUACUGGCCAAGCCUGAUCGAUCGACUACCAUGAUGCACUGCACAUUACUACAAGCGUUUCUUCUGCUGUUCCUUGAUUUUGUUUCCCCCUCUUUUAAUUGUUAUUUUUCUGUCGAGCAAAUACGUUUGUGUGAUUAAAAUGUUUACCACACAUGUAAAGAACAGAUGAUGUAAAGACUGCACAGUGAGGGAUACGAUGGACCAACAACGUGGUUAUAUAAAGUGUGAAUUAUAAGUGAUUAUCUCAUCA